CCCCUCCAUCACAAGCUAACUGAGUGAGCCGACGCUCCCUAGAAUGAACAACGUGUUUCAGGAAGAAGUUGGCGCCGGAGGCCGUCUACAUGGCUAGCUAGCACGCUAACCAAAACUAUGAAAGAUAGUCCUUUGUAUUGACCUUUCUCUCUGUCGUUAGUAAAGAAUUCCACAAUGAACGACAUGGAGUUCAGUGUCCCCCUGUCUUCCCUGGCCCUCCUGGUCCCUCCGCUGCGCCUCAUGUCAGCAGUGAUGUGGGAGGUGGUCCGUCAGAGGAACAUAAAGCACUAUGGGAAACUGGAGGAAUUUGUGUCCAUGGUAACAGAUGCAGUUCCUGAAUUGAUGAGCAAAAGAGAGGGGAGACUGCUCUCACUGGGCCUGAGAGCAAGGACAACUCUUGAACUGCUGCGCUCAGAGCACCCUGAGGAUCUGAAGGCUGUUGAGACCCACCUGAACAGAAUCCGGACGUCUUGCAUUGAGGAGACCAAUGAUCCUGUGAUUGAGGCACCAGAGGCGAAUUUUAUGAAGCUAGUGCAAGGUCUUAUUGAAGACACUGAUGGCAGAGAACAUUUCCUUAAGAAUGUUUUUCCAGUGGAGUACGGCCCUGACUUUGACACAGCUCUGGAGACUCUGGUUAGUGAAUUCUUUACCAGAUUGGAGGAGCUGCUGCCAAUUCCAGAUUUCAAACAGACUGCAUCGUGGAUCAGCGCUGCCCCAGCAGUUCUUGAGGAGUACAUGCAGUGUGUGUCAAAUGGAGAGGACCUUAAAUUUCUCCUCCAGAGCAAACAGUGUCAUGGGAAGCUGGCCAAGAGUAGCGUUGCUCCCUUUCCAUCAGAUGAUCUGCUCAUCCCCUCUCUGUGUCUCCCUCCAUCUCUGGAAGUGGCCAUUGCUUCCCACCCGAGUGCUUGUGAUGAUGAAAACAACGACGUUCCUCAGAUUGUCAUGUUCGAUGAGGAGCUAUCUACCAAUCCUUCCACAUCAGCCGACUUUCCUGAAUCACCGAAAAGGAGCGACAUGCCAUCCUCUCCUCGCAGGAGACAGACAUCAGGGCUGCAUAAAUGCCCUGAGUGUGACAAAUGCUUCAAGCAUCACUCAGUCCUCAUCGAGCACCAGAGAGUCCACAGCGGGCUGCAGCCAUACAACUGCUCUGAGUGUGGGAGGGCAUUCAGGACGGCAACUCUGCUGGCUGGUCACAGGCUGCGAAAAUGCAAAAAUGCUGCAUAUCUGUGCAUCAAAUGUGGAAACAGUUUUCCAACUUCCCUAGACAAAUUCAGACACCACUGUCCAAAGAGAGGCCGUAACUACGACUGUGGUCACUGCGGGAAGAGUUUUCAAAAGUCAAGCAGCUUAAAGGAACAUCUGCUAACUCACAUUCAGAGCCGGCUUUUCAAGUGCAGUCACUGUGGGGUCGGCUUUUCGGGAAUAGGUGAUCUGAAGUAUCAUCAGCAGGUGGAUCAUGAUAAACCGUAUCAGUGUAAGCAGUGUGGGAAGAGCUUUAUCACCUCAAAGUGUCUGUCUAAACACCAGCAGAGGCAUGAAGAACUUGGUGACCUGGAGACUCCCAAAUUAAUGAGUGGAGGUAAACAUAGGAAGAGUAGCUCAGUUCAUCGGACUUCCUCAUCCUCUUUGUCCUCCAGGAAAACAUCCAUGAAAGCCAUCUACCCCCGAGGACGAGUCACACACAACUGUCCGCUGUGUGGAAGGAGCUUCAAGUACCGCUUUGAAUUCCUGGAACACCAGAGGUUCCACACAGCAGUGAAGCCUUAUAAAUGUUCUCAGUGUGGGAAAGCUUUCAGAACAGAAGCUCACCUGUCGGGACACAGGAAGAGGAAGUGUAAAAACGCUGCCCACAUCUGCACCAAGUGUGGCUGUCAGUUCAGAUCCCUGCAUGAGCGAGUCAGACACCAGUGCGUCCAGCUAUUGACGAAAUACGAGUGUUCUCAUUGUGGGAAGACGUUUAAGAUGGCUCACCUACUGAGGAACCAUCAGCUGAGCGACCACCAACUUCCAUACAGCCCCAACCAUCGCUUCAGGUGCCGAUACUGUGAUGAGACGUUCCCUGGCAUCAGUGAGCUCAAGUAUCAUCAGAGAGUCGAUCAUGAGAAACCGUAUCAGUGUCAGGAGUGUGGAAAGUGUUUCCUGUCUGAAAAAUGCCUCAACAACCACGAGCUACGCCACAAUGAUGACCGUCCCGAGAGCUGUGUGGUGUGUGGCCGUGGCUUCAGAAACCGCUACGACCUGAAGCAGCACAUGCGCACCCACACAGGAGAGCGGCCAUACCAGUGCACACACUGCUCACAGUGUUUCUCAACAGCAGGGGGCCUGAGGAGCCACACCCGGGUCCACACCGGAGAGAAGCCGCAUGUUUGUCCUGACUGUGGGAAAGCUUUCUCUCAGAUGGGUGCCAUGCGCACCCACAGGCUCACCCACACAGGUGAGAGGCCAUUUAAGUGCACAGUGUGUGGGAAAGGAUUCACCAUGGCACAUAAGGUGACAGUUCACAUGCGCGUGCACACAGGAGAGAAGCCUUAUGUGUGCUCACAGUGUGGGAAAGCCUUCUCAGAUGGAAGUGUGCUGAAGCAGCACAUGCUGAACCACUCAGGUGUCAGACCGUACCACUGCCAGAUCUGCCCCAAGACCUACACCUGCCUGAACCACCUGAGGAGACACCUGAAGAGCCACUCCAACAUGAACUGAAUCAGACCUCAAAACAGAGCAGAGCACAACCUUGGACUGAACAUUUAACUCAGACACUGCAUUAGAUAGGCCUCUAAAGCUACAGUAGACCAACCAAUCUAAGCAAUACAUGAAGGCUUUUCAGACAACAUUGUACAGUCGCUUUUGGCAUUGAACUGAAAAUGUUUUUUUUUCCUUACUUAAAAGUAAUCACAAACCAAAAGUGAAGGACUUCGUUAACAUUUAAAGGAAUGGUUUGUCAUUUUUGGAGAAUGCACAUAAUGUUGAUGACAAUUUGAUGGGAAGAAUGAAACCAUUCUGUUUAAGGUGAUUUAAGGAUAAAAUGUGAAAAAUUUCUCCAGUUGUUGCAGCUGUUCUGUCUGGUAGGCACAGAUUCGUGCAGCUGCAACAACUGGCAGCUACCACUUACGUUAUGCGUGACGAAGUCAGCAGCUCUAAAGCACUUUAGGCUUUUUCUGCUUUGAUUUGUACUUAUCACCUUCACUUGUACUGAAAACUAGACACAAAUUACACUGCAAACUGUCAAAAAAUAAUCUUAGAAUAGGUGCAGCAUAUGUCAUGAGCAUACAUUUAUGCGUGCUUUGACUGAAUCCUUUAUAAUGCAGUGUAUUAGUUGUGCCAGAGUAUACUGCACAGCCGGAGAAAUGUCUGCACCUGAAGGUGCACGGUGUAUCCUGGUACAAUCGGUCACAUUAGGCUUGGAUAGAAAAACUCAGCCUUCUUGUUAAAAACAGCACACUCUGAAAAAAGUGUAUUGCCUAAUUGACUACAUUGGCCAUAGACAGUGAUGGAAGUUCUCAUAAAACAGAAAUUUCUCUUUAAAAGCCGAAACCUCAGGACAGUUAGCCUAGCUUAGCACAAAGACAGAGGCAGGAGGAAAAAGUUUUACUGUCUUUACAAUCAAACCAGAAAUUAAACAGUGUGGCUGAUAUAAAACCAGCUGUUUUAAGGUCAUAUAAAAUCAGUUACUGAGCUGUAAAGGUGCUUGUAAUUGAUUUUAAUGUGUCCAUGCCAGCGAGAGCCAUGAGCCAGAGGCAUUCUGCUCUCGGAUAGUCUGUCCAUCUGUCUGAGACAUUCAUAUGACCCCAGUAUUUCAGAAACACAGUAAGGGAUUUUUUUUUUUAUAACUUUGCACAAAUAUACACUCUUACUCCAAGAUUAAGUUACUCUUGUAGAUUGUAGGUCAAAGGUUGAGGUCAUUAAGCCUCAUAUUCAUCUGUUCCUUGUGAAUGCCAUAUCUUAAACAAACAAACAAAAAAAAAAACAACUUCGAGGGAUUUGUUUCCAACUUUACACAAAUUUCCACUCUGUCUCAAGGAUGAAUUGAAUCCCCUUUAGAGGUGCAAGGUCAAAAUGACCCCAGCCCCUUCUCUUGACCCACCACUGUACAUUCUCUGUCAGGCUGUUGUGUACCUUGCAGAGGCGCAAAACUGCCCGGCAGCAGUUGAAGUUAUUGACAUGUUGAACAGCAAAUCAGUUUCUUACUUGUAUUUCAACUUUUGAUUCUAAGAUGAGCAAAUCAGUCAUGGGUUUUAUUUUCAUAAUUGAUAGAUAUAAUGGUAACAAUCUCAAAUGUUCAGGAAAAACAUUUUCAAAAAGUGCCGAACUGUUCCUUUCACAGCACAACCUAACAGCAAGUUUUUCCCUGUUUACCUACCAGGCCUUUUCCCUAAGCCUUUUUUUCUCUCUUUGUAGCCACUUGUGCAUGAAAUGUGUGAAUGAUGUUGUGAAUCAUAUUUUGAUGAGAUUCUGUAUGUUCAGAAUGUGCCAUUUUGGUAAACAUAUAUUUUUGGAAAGGCCGGAAACAUUGAAGAAAUGAAAGAGUUUGACUGUAAAUAUGCAGAAAGACAAUAAUGUGAGAGUGCAAGGUCAGAGUGAUGGUACUGUUUAUUUCAACAUGGCAUAACUAUUCCUUGUAGGCCUUUUAUAUGCACCAAAAUGGUUUGCAAAAUUUGUGAAUCUCAAAUUAAAAGACCUUGGCUAUACCAUGUACAGAUUUUUUUUUUUUUUUUCUCAAAUCAACAGUUAAACUCCAGAGUUAGUGGUUUCACUAGAUGGCAGCAGGAGUUCAUUGCGCGUUUCCCCCUUUGAUCCAGAGGGUUU